GCGCGGGGGGGAGUGGCCGGGAGCCCGGCACCCACCGGCGCCCUGCAGCCCGGCUCUAAAGCGCAGCGCUCCGCCGUGCGCCCUCAGUGAGCGCGGGGAGCCAUGGCCGCCGCAGCCCAGUACCUGCCCCGCAGCAGCCCGCUGCUGCACCCCGACUCGGACCGCAUGCACCAGGGCACGACCUACCGCGAGGUGCAGAAGAUGAUGCACCACGAGUACCUGCAGGGCUUGGCCAGCGGCUCCGGCCACCCCAUGAGCCUCACCCACCCCCAGUGGCUGCCCAGCGCCGGCUCCGACUGGGGCAGCGGCUCCCACCUGGGCCAGGCCGAGCACGGCAAGGGCGGCGUGCAGGGGGCGGGCCGGGAGGAGCUGCCCGGCGCCUUCCACCCCCGCUCCCACCUGGUGCACCAGCAGGCGCCCGGCGGCCACCCGGGCGCCUGGGCGCAGGGCAGCGGGCACCACCUGGCGCCCAUGUCCCCCACGUCCAGCAGCCACCAGCCGCUGCUCUACUCGCAGUCCGCCUACACGAACCUGAACGGCAUGCUGGGCCCCCAGGCGCCGGCCCUGCACCACGGCCUGCGGGACCCCCUGGGCCACGAGGAGGCGGCCGGGCUGCACGACCCCCAGCUGGAGGCCUCCCCGCAGCACCUGGGCCACCCGCAGGAGCACUCGGACGAGGACGCGCCCAGCUCCGACGACCUGGAGCAGUUCGCCAAGCAGUUCAAGCAGCGGCGGAUCAAGCUGGGCUUCACCCAGGCGGACGUGGGCCUGGCCCUGGGCACCCUCUACGGCAACGUCUUCUCGCAGACCACGAUCUGCCGGUUCGAGGCGCUGCAGCUCAGCUUCAAGAACAUGUGCAAGCUCAAGCCGCUGCUCAACAAAUGGCUGGAGGAGACCGACUCCAGCACGGGCAGCCCCACCAACCUGGACAAGAUCGCGGCGCAGGGCCGCAAGCGCAAGAAGCGCACCUCCAUCGAGGUGGGCGUGAAGGGCGCCCUGGAGAACCACUUCCUCAAGUGCCCCAAGCCCUCGGCCCACGAGAUCACCUCGCUGGCGGACAGUCUGCAGCUGGAGAAGGAGGUGGUGCGGGUCUGGUUCUGCAACCGGCGGCAGAAGGAGAAGCGCAUGACGCCGGCCGGGGUCCCGCACCCGCCCAUGGAGGAUGUUUACGCGCAGGCGGAGACCUCGCCGCUGCACCACCCGCUCCAGAGCUCGGUGCAAUGACUGGGCGGCGGGGCAGGGGGCUGAGGGCGGCGGGUGCAGCUCUGGAGUUUACAGCGAGGGCCCGCGGGCGGCAGGGACCGCGCCCGGCCCGGCCAGGGGGCCCGAACCCCGCCCGCGGCCCCCAGCCCCUCCCCGGCGGGAAGUCGCGCUCGGGACUUGGUUGCUGCCGCUUGGCUUCGGGCCCUGGAUGCCGAGACUCGCCGGGCGGCGCGUGGAAGACGCUCGUUAAUUUAUUCCUCAGACUGGUGCGCAACUGAAUUUGUCUCUAAUUUAAACCGCUGUAUUUAUUUGACUUCCAAAAAUACCGCGCGCUCCAGAGCCCCGCGGCUCUGCAAACGCCGCGAGAGGAGAACUAGCCAAAGGUUUGAGAUCUAAUUUAUUCUUCGUUUGCUCCCAUGCCACUGACCCUGCGGGGGGCUCUCUCCGGCCGGCUCCCCGCCCCCCCGGCUGCGGGCUGGGACGGGUCGGGGAGGGGCGAGACCUGGUGCCGAAGCUCCCCCCCGCACCCACCCACCGCGGGCCCCUGGACCGGUUCCGAUGGCGCUGACCCCCCCCCUCCUCCUGGGGGGCGCCUGCCCCCGGCCGCCCGGUGCAGACUGCGGCCUCUUGGCUUCCCGGGGAGCGGAGAGUUUCCCGGGGCUCGCUCCAGGGGCUCCCCGGGCCUGGCGCUGCGGGGCCUGGGAGGGGCGCUGGGGAGCGGAGGGGUGUGCGGGGCGGGUGGCGGUAACUUUCCCAGCCCGGCUGUAAAUAUGUGAGAUAUGUACACACGUGCCCGCCGCUCCGGAUCCCCGCUCCGUCCCCCGGCCGGUUUUUUACACGGACUGAUUGCGAGAGGCUAUUUUAAUAUCGUUUCCCGUCCCGUUUCUAUUUAUUUCUAACCGCGUUCAGAGCCCCCCUUCCCGCGGGCAGGUUCGGUUCAUUCCGCAGCGUUGGGUUCGGAGUUUUUGGUUUUGAAUCGCAAAAAACUAUGUAGCCCGCGAAGUUACGUUUCUAUUUAUGUUUAUAGUAAAUAUUUUUAUUACGUACAUAAACCAUCCCCCCCGGAA